UGGCGGCAGGGGUCCGCCCGGGGCACCAGAGAGACGCGCGGCCGCGUUCCUAGAGAGGCACGGCACGGCCGGACGCCGGGACUCGGCUGCGGGCGGGAGGAGAAGCCCUCGGCCCCCGCCCCCUCCCUCCGCCAGCCCCGGCUGCGGGGAGCGCGGGCGAGUCCCGGUGGCCCCGCGCGGCGCCGCGCCCCGGGCUCUGCGGAGGCUGGCGGGCGCCUCCCGACUUUGGAGAGCCCGGCCUCCGCGCUCGCGUGCGAGCCUUUCACGAGGUCGGCCACGUCUUUGUUGUGCACGUUCCUUGAACUUUUGGUCCAUUAACCAGCAAUUAGACACGCACUUACUGAGUGCCCACUGUAUGCCGAGCGCUAGGUGCUGAGUGCAAUCUCGGUAAGAUACCUUCUGGGCCCGCCACAGUGUCUUGGCUACUGGCAUCUCGUGUACAUCUCCGUGCGGUCAUCCAGAAGUCCACCAGUAUCUGUUGAAUACCAGCUUUUAAGCCCAAGAUGGAUGAAGCUUUCCCGGGCCCUGCUCCUAAAAAUGGAGACAGCUUUGUGACAAUGAAGGAGGAAGAUGCCACAUGGGAGCAGAUGUCCAGCUCAAGGGAACGUAGCUCCCACACUCAGGAGCUUUGCCGCCUGCGCUUCCGGCAGCUCUGCUACCAGGAGGUAACCGGGCCCCGGGAGGCUCUGGCCCAGCUCCGAGAACUUUGCCAUCAGUGGCUGAGGCCGGAAAUACGCACCAAGGAGCAGAUCCUGGAGCUGCUGGUGUUGGAGCAGUUCCUGACCAUCCUGCCCGAGGAUCUCCAGGCCUCUGUGCAGGCAUGUCCUCUGGAGAAUGGGGAGGAGGUGGUGACAGCGCUGGAGAAUCUAGAGACAGACGCAGGAGACACAGGAGAGCAGGCCCCUGUCUACACUCAGGGACGGGACAUGCACCUACUGGUGACAGAAUAUCAAGGAGCUUCUUUGGAGUGUCAGAGCAUCCAGUUCCUGCCUGGGGUAACCACCCUGAAGUGUGAACCUCCAGAGCUCCCCCAAGAGAACCCCCAAGAAGUGAGUGGGCCUGCUCCCCAGGGACCAGCCCCACUCCAGGAAGAAAAUCCCAGAGACAAGGCAGCUGUAGCUGAGAUCCAUUUAGCCAGGUCCCAGGUAUCAGUAAAGACUGAGGAGGAAGAAACCCAGGCCCUUGUCCCAGAGGAACGGCCACAUCUGAGUUUGGCUCAGAGGAACCUCUGUGGGAACUUAGCUCAGGAGAAGAUUACAAACCUCAGUCUGAUGACUGAAGAAGUUGUAACUGAAGAUGGAUUGUUCAGCGCAAAGCAAGAAACUUCUGAGGAAAUGGAACAAGGUGCUGAGGUGUCAGGAAUACCCAAUAGAGAUUGCACAUCCCAAGUCCCUUGUAGUACUCCCGUCCCUACUGAAAGGACGGUUGCACAUUUGAAUACCCUGAAGGACCGUCACCCGGGUGACUUGUGGGCCCGGAUGCACAUCUCAUCCUUGGAAUAUGCUGCAGGAGACAUUACCCGAAAAGGGAGAAAAAAAGACAAAGCUCGAGUGAGUGAACUGCUCCAAGGCCUGGCAUUUUCUGGUGACUCAGAUGUGGAAGAAGACAAUGAGCCUGAGACCCAGCCUGCUCCAAAAAAGCUAAAGGUAUUCAGUGUCCCAGAGAAGAAUUGGACCAAAAGAGACAUUAAACCCAACUUUCCAAACUGGUCAGCACUGGAUUCUGGACUUUUGAAUCUCAAGAGUGAAAAGUUGAACCCAGUAGAGCUCUUUGAAUUAUUUUUUGAUGAUGAGACAUUCAACUUGAUUGUCAAUGAAACCAAUAAUUAUGCUUCUCAGAAAAAUGUCAACUUGAAAGUCACAGUUCAGGAAAUGAGGUGUGUGUUUGGUGUCCUGCUUUUGAGUGGGUUUGUGAGGCGUCCCAGAAGGGGCAUGUACUGGGAAAUCUCUGAUGCCGAUCAGAACCUGGUUAGAGAUGCAAUUAGAAGGGACAGAUUUGAAUUGAUUUUCUCAUGCCUGCAUUUUGCAGAUAAUAGCCACUUAGACCAAAAAGAUAAGUUUACAAAGUUGAGGCCUCUCAUAAAGCAAAUGAAUAAAAACUUCCUCCUGUAUGCUCCUCUAGAAGAAUACUAUUAUUUUGAUAAGACAAUGUGUGAAUGCUUUGAUAGUGACCAAUUCUUGAAUGGGAAACCUAUUAGAAUUGGCUAUAAAAUUUGGUGUGGUACAACCACACAGGGUUAUGUGGUUUGGUUUGAACCCUAUCAAGAAGAAUCAACUAUGAUGGCAGAUAGGGAUCUUGAUCUUGGUUUAGGUGGAAAUCUAGUGAUGAAUUUUGCUGAUGUUCUUUUAGAGAGAGGUCAGUACCCCUAUCAUCUGUGUUUUGACAGCUUCUUUACAAGUGUCAAAUUGGUGUCAGCCUUGAAGAAGAAAGGGGUAAGGGCAACAGGAACAAUUCGUGAGAACAGGACUGAAAAAUGUCCCCUUAUGAAUACAGAACAUAUGAAAAAAAUGAAGAAGGGGUAUUUUGAUUUCCGAGUGGAAGAAAAUGAUGAGAUAAUUCUGUGUCGUUGGCAUGGUGAUGGCAUUAUCAGUCUGUGCUCGAACGCUGUUGGCAUAGAGCCAGUCAAUGAGAUAAGUUGUCUUGCGGAUGAUGAUGAGGAGAGCCCUCAGAUAAGUCAGCCAUCCAUAGUGAAAUUGUAUGAUGAAUGCAGGGAAGGUGUAGCUAAAAUGGAUCAAAUCAUUUCCAAGUAUAAGGUGAGAAUAAGAAGCAAGAAAUGGUACUCAAUUUUGGUGAGCUAUAUGAUUGAUGUAGCCAUGAACAAUGCGUGGCAGCUACACAGAGCCUGCAACCCAGGUGCCUCUCUAGACCUCUUCGAUUUUUGGAGAUACGUUGCACAUUUCUACUUGGAACACAAUGCUAAUCUGUCAGAUUAAGGCAGGUAAAACGGACACAAUGCAGACAAUAACAAGACAGAAAAAUCACGGCUACACUUCAGUUUGUACUCUCCCAAAGCAAAGCUGAUGUAUGUAAUGAAAUUAAGUACUUUUAAAAAUCAGACAUUUAUAUAGAGUUUCACAGACUAUUAUAACAAGUAAUGUUAAAAAUUAUCUGUAAAAGUGUUGAACUCCGGUGCUACUUUUUACUAUGGCUAAUUUUGGUGUUAGACAUGUG